CAGAAAAUGACGGCAACCUAUACAGUGCUGAGGUCACAAAUAUGAGCACAAACCGGAGAAGAGUUGCUCGUUCUGUGCAAGAGGAUCAAGAUUUACAGACUGAUGUUACCUCUUCUGGCAAUAACUUGUCUACAUCCAAGGCACUUAUUUUAGUCUUGAUAAUAUUUGUAUGCUCUUUGCUAGCUUUGGGUCUGGUAUACAAACAAUUUCCUGAAUUAGAAGACCACGAGAGAAAGCAUUUAAAGUUACCAUGGGAUUUGGAUGAUGCUAAACAACUGGGACUGGUUUUAGAUCGCUAUAAAGAUAAAUAUUUUUAUGAAGUAUUAUUUGGAGUUUUCUUAGUUUACAUUUUUUUGCAAACUUUUGCAAUACCAGGAUCUAUUUUUCUCAGUAUUCUUUCAGGAUUUUUGUUUCCAUUUUACUUAGCACUACUUCUAGUUUGCUGCUGUUCGGCUAUUGGUGCGAGCUUAUGUUUCUUUCUAUCUAACUUACUAGGAAAGAGACUUGUGAAGAUAUUUUUUCCUGAGAAAGCAGCACAAUGGUCUAGAGCAGUCACAAAGCACAAGAACAAUCUGCUCAACUAUAUAAUAUUUUUAAGGGUAACCCCCUUUCUGCCAAACUGGUUUAUUAACAUGACAGCUCCUGUAAUCGGAGUACCUCUUGUGCCAUUUGCAUUAGGGACAUUUAUAGGUAAGCAUCCACCAUCUUUUGUAGCAAUACAAGCAGGCCAGACCCUCCAUACACUGACCUCUACUAGUGAUGCUUGGUCAUGGACCUCAGUCACAUUCCUUAGUGUUUUUGCAUUGGUAUCAUUGGUACCAGUCUUAUUAAAAGAAAAACUAAGAGAAAAGUUUGAUUAAUUGAAAGAUGUAGAAUAUUUGUAGCAAAUUUUAUUUAAUUUUUGUUAAUUUAUGUUAAUAAAUUGGUGUUUUGUACAUUCCAACAGAUUCUUUAUUUUACUAUCAGCAAUAGGAUCCAAGGUGAGCUAUAAAUGUUACAUUGCUAGAAGUUGAUUGGACAACUGGUCUCCAAUACCACCAGUUGUACCAUAAUAAAUAUGAUUCUCUUAGUUCCACUUUCAAUGAUUUACAUUGAUGUUUACAUUCUUCAGCAGGUUCUAAAUCAAUAUUUCUGUUACCACUUAGAGAUAGGAGAAAUGAAAAAGUGCAUUCUGUAUCAGGUACUUUAAAUUUAUUUCGACUUGAGUCAAUUAAUAUGAAUCUUUCAGUACUUUGUCCAAAUUUGGGAACAAUUUUAGGUCUAGGAAUGUAUUGUCUUAGAAGUCUUGCAAGUGGCAUACUGUUUAUUUUCCAUAUAUACAAUGCCUCCCCAAGCUGCCCUUGUGUAAACAUUUCAUUAGAAGUAGUAUAAUGUUUACUGUUGUCAACUAAUAUUUUUGUAGCCUCUUUAUCAAACACAUGUUUAUUUUUAAAAUAGAUAUCUUUAAGAAAUGUCAUGUCUAUUAUUUGUUGAUCUGUUGCGUAUAUAAAAGGUGUAUUCUGUUGCAUGUUAACAGAUUCUGAAGGAUUGUAAAUUUCUCUAACGUUACUGGCUGUGCUACAUGGCCAGCAGUCCAUAUCUGCUACAGUAAAGAAUGGGUUUUGUAUCAAGCAUGUUUCAUGAUAAUAUUCUGAUAAAGAAGGGAAUAAUGAGAUGAAUGGAAUAGAUAAUUUUCUCAACAGACGUAAGCCGGGAUAAAUGUAAUCUUGUAAGUUACAUACAAUACAGGCAUACACAGCUGUGAAAUUAUAAAUACAAAUUCCCAAGACAAGCAUGCCUAUCACUAAAUAUUUUAACUUUGUUGUUAACAUGGGUCGAUUUUCAUUUCUUAGUUGCUGAUAGGAAUCAAGUGAUUUUAGAGAUUCAAAAUAAAAUUCACGAAAUGCUUCUUCCUCUAAACCACCAUCCAGGCAUUCUCUCCUUAAUGAUUUAAUAGAAUCUGAAUAUUCUUUUAAUAUAUUUUCGCUGCCCAUACCACCUUAUUUAAAAUUGCACACAUUUCUAAUUAAAAAAACCGCAUCCACGGGUAAAAAUAGCAAAAGAGGACUAAUUGAUAGUGGUGAGACAUAAAUAUGGGAUUAGGUAUUUGGAAUAGAUAUUUUUCGAUACUAGAGCGAUACCUUAUCCGAGACUUCAAAUAUUAAAUGGCAAAGGAAAAGUUGUUUGAUCAUCGGUAAAAUGUGAUGAGUAAGUACAUCUCUACGCUUGAUAGGCGGCGUUGUUCAAC